CUCCCAAUCAGCAUUGUCACAGUGCUUCUGGAAUCCUGGCACUGGAAUUCAGUGAAUGACAGACUCUCUUUGAAUCCAGGGCCAUCAUGGCUCUUUGAGCAAGGCACAGAUGGAGGGAGGGGUCGAAGUUGAAAUGGCUGGGAAGAGUGGUGGGGAGCGUCCUGAUUUCGGGUGGGCAGAGAGUUGUCAUCAGAAAAGUUGCAGGGAGAGCUGCACCCAGGUGUCUGUGGGCCUUGUCCUAAUGAAUGUGGGAGACUAGGCCAUGGGCACCCAAAGGCAGCUAAACCCUGCCCAGGAGAGUAGUUGACGGGGGGAGAGGGGCUUGCUUUUCAGCCACUCCUCAUUCUGUCCUCAGGAAUGUCCCAAGCCUUCGGGUAGGGUAAGCAUCAUGGCCGCCAGCCUCACAGGAUUGCUUCUACUUCAGGCAGUGUCAUGGGCAUCAGGUAGGUGAGUCAAGGCGGUGGUGAGGUAGCACAGAGGCUCUCUUCUGCCUCGUAGUCCUUUGGUAGCCUUCCAGUACUCUGGUGGUAGACUUAAUAGGUGCUCAAUAAAUCCUUUUGAGUGACUGAGACCAACUUUGGGGUGAGGAGUUUUGAGACCGUAUUCCAUCUCUCUGAGCAGCUGUGUCCGUUCUCCACAUCCUCAUCAGACCUCACCUCUGCUUGUGCUCCCUCCCCUGUGGCGCCCCUGCAUCCCUAAAAGCUUCAGCUACAACUUGGUGGUCUGUGUCUGCAAUGCCACAUACUGUGACUCUCUUGACCCCCUGACCUUUCCUGCCCUAGGUACCUUCAGCCACUAUGAGAACAGAAGUAGUGGGCAUUGGGUGGAGCUGAGUAAGGGGACCAUCCAGGCUAAUUGCACUGGCACAGGUAAACAUUACACCCUUCACCCCCUGGGCCAGGCUGGGUCCUCUUAGAGGCAAACGGUAUCAGUGAUCAUCAAGGAGUUUCUCCCCUGGGAACUGAGACCCUUAUUCCCUGUGGAUGUCCUCGGGCCUGCUACUGACCCUGCAGCCAGAACAGAAGUCCCAGAACGUGAAGGGAUUUGGAGGGGCCAUGACAGAUGCAGCUGCCCUCAACAUCCUUGCCCUGUCACCCCCUGCCCAAAAUUUGCUACUUAAAUCGUACUUCUCUGAAGAAGGAAUCGGAUAUAACAUCAUCUGCGUACCCAUGGCCAGCUGUGACUUCUCCAUCCGCACCUACACCUAUGCAGACACCCCUGAUAAUUUCCAGUUGCACAACUCCAGCCUCCCAGAGGAAGAUACCAAGCUCAAGAUACCCCUGAUUCACCGAGCCCUGCAAUUGGCCCAGCGUCCCGUUUCACUCCUUGCCAGCCCCUGGACAUCCCCCACUUGGCUCAAGACCAAUGGAGCGGUGAAUGGGAAGGGGUCACUCAAGGGACAGCCUGGAGACAUCUACCACCAGACCUGGGCCAGAUACUUUGUGAAGUUCCUGGAUGCCUAUGCCGAGCACAAGUUACAGUUCUGGGCAGUGACAGCUGAAAAUGAGCCUUCUGCUGGGCUAUUGAGUGGAUACCCCUUCCAGUGCCUGGGCUUCACCCCUGAACAUCAGCGAGACUUUAUUGCCCGUGACCUAGGUCCUACCCUCGCCAACAGUACUCACCACAAUGUCCGCCUGCUCAUGCUGGAUGACCAACGCUUGCUGCUGCCCCACUGGGCAAAGGUGGUACUGACAGACCCAGAGGCAGCUAAGUAUGUUCAUGGCAUUGCUGUACAUUGGUACCUGGACUUUCUGGCUCCAGCCAAAGCCACCCUAGGGGAGACACACCGCCUGUUCCCCAACACCAUGCUCUUUGCCUCAGAGGCCUGUGUGGGCUCCAAGUUCUGGGAGCAGAGUGUGCGGCUAGGCUCCUGGGAUCGAGGGAUACAGUACAGCCACAGCAUCAUCACGAACCUCCUGUACCAUGUGGUCGGCUGGACCGACUGGAACCUCGCCCUGAACCCUGAAGGAGGACCCAAUUGGGUGCGUAAUUUUGUCGACAGUCCUGUCAUUGUAGACAUCACCAAGGACACGUUUUACAAACAGCCCAUGUUCUACCACCUUGGUCACUUCAGCAAGUUCAUUCCUGAGGGCUCCCAGAGAGUGGGGCUGGUUGCCAGUCAGAAGAACGACCUGGACACAGUGGCACUGAUGCAUCCCGAUGGCUCUGCCGUUGUGGUCGUGCUAAACUGCUCCUCUAAGGAUGUGCCUCUUACCAUCAAGGAUCCUGCCGUGGGCUUCCUGGAGACGAUCUCACCUGGCUACUCCAUUCACACCUACCUGUGGCGUCGGCAGUGAUGGAGUGGAUACUCAAGCUCAGCCUGGGCAUUAAAAGGACAGAGUCAGCUCACACGCUGUCUGUGGCUAAAGAGGGCACAGCAGGGCCAGGGUGAGCUUACAGCGACAUAAGCCCAAGGGCAGUGGUUUGGGUGAUUCACUUUCCCCUCUAGGUGGUGCCAGGGGCUGGAGGCCCCUAGAAAAAGACCAGUAAGCCCCAGUGUCCCCCCAGCCCCCAUGCUUAUGUGAACGUGCACUGUGUGCUGCCUGCUUUGGAAACUGGGCCUGGGCCCAGGCCUAGAGUGAGCUCACUGUCGUACAAACACAAGAUGAGGGGUGAGGGUAAGGAAAAGAAGAGACUAGGAAAGCUGGGCCCAAAACUGGAGACUGUGUUUCCUGGAGAUGCAGAACUGGGCCCGUGGAGCAGCAGUGUCAGCAUCAGGGCGGAAGCCUUAAAGCAGCAGCAGGUGUGCCCAGGCAGCCAGAUGGUUCCUGUGGGACUAGCCAGGAAAAAUGGCAGCUCUUAAAGGAGAAAAUGUUUGAGCCCA